UUUCUUACUGUUAUUUAUGAUACUGUUUACAAACGGUAUCCCGCUCGAAAUACUAAGCUGGCCGAACCUAGGUAGUAAUAAUGAAGUUAAUGAGGAAAGGGUUUAAUCCUACCUAAAGUAACAAUAUUAGUAGAGGGCUGUGUUACUUAGUACUAGCUGGCUGUUCGUUAAUGAAGUACCAAAGGUUACCUGAGAUAGGCAGGUUAAAGCAACCAGCCGUUGGUUACACAAAUUGUCGUGUCGCUGACUGUUUGGUCUUCUCGCGCUGUUCCUAGUAGCAAUAUUGCCACAGGCCAUAUCUUAAAUACUUAGCUCUCCUCCUUCCAUCAUUCCCCUCUUCUUUCUUUUUACUUUCGGUCCCAUCCCAACACGGAGUAUCGCAAUGAAGAUAUUUGACGUUGCGGCGAUAAUUCCAAGUAUUUCCUACUCCGUUACUAGGCUAAAGAGGUUUGCCUAUUCUGUCUGGAAGCGAUUUAUCAAGAUGGAUCCUAUUGAAUUCCCCCGAGUGUCUCAACGGGUAAUGGAGUUCCUUGGUUCGAUCGGGAAGUCAUUUGCGGUGUAUAUCGCACUACCACAUGUCUACUGGGCAAUCAUCACCUGGGCGGUUGUAUUUACAGCCGUUGUUACGCUUGGGCUGUGCUUGGGUUUCGGUCCAGCAGGUGUCAUUCCAGGCUCAAUUGCCGCUGCCUUCCAGUCGGCUAUGUACGGCGGAUUCACGCCGGCUGGGGGGAUCUUCGCAUCGCUGACGAGUCUUGCGAUGCUGGGUCUCCUCGCACCCGCAGUUACAGCAGUUGCGGCAAUUACCGCCUUGAUUCCAGCGGUAAUCGUCUUCAACUUAGUUCCAGACUCAUAGAUAUAUUCGGUUAAUUUCUAAGUAUUUCUUUCCGUGGCAAUCGGUUUAUUAGACUGGUAGGCUGGUAGGCUGGUAGGCUUAAGGAACAGGUGGGGGAUAGUUGAUUGGAGUAUAAUUUUGGCAUUAAGAGAUGUUAUGAAAAUUAUGAGUGUGUACAGCCAUGUUUGUGAGAUAUGUACGUGAGCUGCUAACUAGUAUUGUUGAAAAUGUCGGCUUUGAUGACUGAUUGGAUUAAUUCCAUGUUACCCCUGAGUCUCAGCCCCUUAAUUACCCCAGCCUACAGAGGUUACAGUAAUCGGAAAGCGCUGAUAAUGCUAUACUCUGGCUAUUUUUGAACUACUGGCGAGUAAAUGUAAAGGUUUUCUUUAAAUUUCACUUCUGAGUGGUUAUAAGUACACUCGAAUUGUGAAGCAC